AUGCUGAGCACAAACCGCCUGGAAGCGCCUCCUGGGAUUGCCGUGGCCCCCGGGCGUGCGGAGUGCGGAGCCUUCCCUCGGACGGCGGGCGCGGCCCCGCGGAUUUACCUGCCCUUCGUCCUCAUCCUGCUCGCCCUGCCGCCCCGCGCUGACUGCUCGUGGUGGUACAUCGGGGCGCUGGGCGCGAGGGUGAUCUGCGACAACAUCCCUGGGCUGGUGAACAAGCAGCGGCAGCUGUGCCAGAGGUACCCCGACAUCAUGCAGUCGGUUGGGGAGGGAGCCAAGGAGUGGAUCCGGGAGUGUCAGCACCAAUUCCGCCACCACCGCUGGAACUGCAGCACCCUGGACCGGGACCACACUGUCUUCGGCAGGGUCAUGCUGCGAAGCAGCAGGGAGGCUGCCUUCGUCUACGCCAUCUCCUCGGCGGGGGUGGUGUACGCCAUCACGCGGGCCUGCAGCCAAGGGGACCUGAAGGCCUGCGGCUGCGACCCCCUCAAGCGGGGCCGCGCCAAGGACGAGCGCGGGGAGUUCGACUGGGGCGGCUGCAGCGACAACAUCAACUACGGGAUCCGCUUCGCCAAAGCCUUCGUGGAUGCCAAGGAGAAGAAAGUGAAGGAUGCCCGGGCGCUGAUGAACCUGCACAACAACCGCUGCGGGAGGAUGGCUGUGAAACGCUUCCUGAAGCUGGAGUGCAAAUGCCACGGAGUCAGCGGCUCCUGCACACUAAGGACUUGCUGGCUGGCCAUGUCAGAUUUUCGGAAAACAGGGGAUUACCUAAGGAAGAAAUACAACGGGGCCAUCCAAGUGAUAAUGAACCAGGAUGGCACCGGCUUCACCGUGGCCAACAAGAACUUCAGGAAGCCCACAAAGACCGACCUGGUCUAUUUUGAGAACUCACCUGAUUACUGCGUGAUGGACAAGUCAGCAGGCUCCCUGGGCACCGCAGGUCGCGUGUGCAACAAGAUGUCCCGCGGGACAGACGGCUGCGAGGUGAUGUGCUGCGGGCGGGGGUACGACACCACGCGCGUCACUCGCGUCACCAAGUGCGAGUGCAAGUUCCACUGGUGCUGCGCCGUGCGCUGCAAGGAGUGCGAGGACACUGUGGACGUGCACACGUGUAAAGCACCAAAACGGGCUGAGUGGUUGGACCAGACCUGA